AACUCCUAGGAGCCGAGGAGAGAGAGAAAGAAAGCAGCAGAUCUCAAGCCCUUUUCAGUUGCAGAGAUCUUUUUGCUUUACGAAGCUAACACAUAGAUAUAUAUAUAUAUAUAACAGAGAGCGAGAGAGAGAGAAGGCAGAGGACGAAGAAGAAGAAGAAGAAGAGAGAUGAAGGAAACAAAAGGGUGUUUCUGAGCUGGGCUUUUUUGUUUCUAUGUUAUCUCAUCUUCUGAUCCCCUCACUUGUCUCUAUCCUUAGCCUCAUUUGAUGAUUCCCAUCCCAGCUCUUCUUCCUUCACUCGUCAAUCUCACCCUUUUGUCCUCUGCUCCGAUUCAUCCAAACAAAAAUCCUUCUCUUUCCUCUCCCACCGCCAUCAUCAUCAUCAUCUUCUGAAAACUUUUCGCUUCAUUGAGAAAUGGGCACUGGUUGGAGAAGAGCUUUUUGCACUACCAUUCCUAGAGAUCCAGAUGAAAAUCACCACCACCCCCAAAGCCCCACCCCCAGCCCCAGAAGCUGCGCCAAACUCGGGUUCUUGAGCAAUCCAUCCACGCCGCGUUUGCAGCCUCAGCCGGCCACCAGUCCGAGCCUGAGCUGCCAAACUGCCGUUCAAACCUCCGCCGGAGAUAGCCUCGUUAGCCCCAAGCUGCAGUGCCGAACCGUCGCCAAAAGCCCGAGGCCGCGUCGGGCCUCAAACCCGUCUUCUCCGAGAUCUCCAUUUUCGAUCCUCAAGAACAGUCUUCGCCUCUCCAGAAAUAGCUGUGGAGUUUGCUUGCAGAGCGUGAAGACUGGCCAUGGAAUGGCCAUUUUCACCGCCGAAUGCUCUCACGCUUUUCACUUCCCCUGCAUCGCCGGUCACGUGAAAAAGAACGCCGCUCUCGUUUGUCCCGUCUGCAACUCCUCCUGGCGAGAUGUUCCUCUCCUUGCUAUUCACAAGAUUCAACCUCAAUCUCCAGGUUCAAAAUCCGAGCUUGAAUCCAAAAAGGUCGGUUCCAAUAAUGUCCCGAAAGUGAUGAAUCAGCGCGGCUUUUCAGAUAACGGGAAGGAAGAGGAAGCCAAACACCUACCUCCGCCGCUGCCGGCCGCCGUUUCUGGGAGGAAGGCAGAGGAAAGGACGUAUGACGACGACGAGCCGUUGCUUUCACCGACUGCCGGCUCCGGGAAAUUUGGUCCAAUACCGGAGGUGGAGGAGGAGGAAGACGAGGUUGAGGAGUUUCAAGGAUUCUUCGUGAAUCCGAUAUCUUCAUCCAGCGACGAAUGUGCGAUCGGCGGCGGCGAUUCGAAGAACGUUGAGGUGUCAUUAAUACCGGAGGCGGCGGUGGUUCCGGCGGGUCGGACUCACGAGGCAUACGCGGUGGUUCUCAGGGUUAAGGCUCCUCCGACGCCAGCGGCGCAAAAUAAGAAUCCGGCGCAGUUUCUGGAGCCGUCGCGCCGAGCGCCUAUCGAUUUGGUCACGGUGCUUGACGUUAGCGGAAGCAUGAGCGGGACCAAGAUGCAGAUGCUGAAGCGAGCCAUGCGAUUAGUCAUAUCGUCGCUCGGCUCGGCUGACCGGCUCUCCAUCGUCGCCUUCUCGGCUUGUCCUAAACGGCUGUUGCCGCUGAGGAGGAUGACGGCGCAAGGACAGCGCGCUGCUCGCCGCAUUAUCGAUCGGCUCAGCUGUAGCCAAGGGACUAGCGUAGCCGAUGCCUUGAGAAAAGCCACCAAAGUGCUUGAAGACCGUCGGGAGAGAAACCCAGUCGCCAGCAUCAUAUUGCUCUCCGACGGCCAGGAUGAUCGGGUCCAGUCCAACAACGACAAUCUAAGGCCCGGAUCAGCCCAUUCUUCAUCCACCCGCUUCGCUCAUAUCGAAAUUCCGGUACACUCGUUUGGCUUCGGAAAGAAAGGCGGCUAUAGCCACGAGCCAGCCGAGGACGCUUUCGCCAAGUGCGUCGGCGGCUUACUCAGCGUGGUAGUUCAAGAUCUUCGCAUCGAGCUCCGCUUCGCUUCCGGCUCCGAUCCGGCUGAGAUCUCCGCCGUGUAUUCCUGCAAUGGAAGGCCCACAGUGCACGGCCCCGGAACCAUUCGGCUCGGCGACCUCUACGCCGAGGAAGAGAGAGAAUUACUCGUGGAGCUACGGGUCCCUAAACCUGUCGUUGGGCCCCACCAUGUUCUGUCAGUCCGCUGCAGCUAUAGGGACCCAGCGAAUCAAGAAACGAUCAACGGUAGAGAACAGGCGUUGCUGGUUCCACGCCCACACGCCGUUCGAUCGUCGAUGCCGAAGAUCGAACGGCUGAGGAAUCUCUUCAUCACCACGCGGGCAAUAGCGGAGGCGCGGCGAUUGGUCGCGCACAACGACCUAUCGAGCUCGCAUCACCUGUUGGCAUCGGCUCGAGCUCUACUGAUGCAGUCGAGCUCGGAGUCGACGGAGGAGUUCGUUCGAGGCUUGGAGGCGGAGCUCGCGGAGCUGCAGUGGCGGCGGCAGUAUCAGAUGGUGCAGCGGCGGAGAGAGGCGGCGGUGCUGACGGACGAGAACGGGGAACCGCUCACGCCGACGUCGGCGUGGAGGGAGGCAGAGCGGCUGGCAAAGGUGGCGAAGAUGAAGAAGUCGAUGAUGAACAGAGUGGGGGAUUUACACGGAUUUGAAAAUGCAAGAUUUUAAAUUUGGAAAUGAAAAUUUUGAUUUGAAAUUGGG